AGAGCCAAAAACCCCCCUCUCCCCUUCGCUUUCUUCUUCCCCUUCCUCUCUGUAAACCCAACAACAAAAAAAAAAAAAAAAAAAAAAAAACCCCACAAAAGAAAAAAAGCCCCAUUUUAUAUUAUAUUCGAUUCAAGAUCUUAGGGGAAAAAAAAAUCCAAUCAAAAUCAAGUUUUCCUGUACAAUACAUUGGAGGUUUUUGUGUAAAUCACGAGGCGGAGCUGUUUGUUGUGUGUUCCAUUAUAAGGGGAAGAUUCUGAAAGGAAUUGGUUCGUGGGUUUUCUUCUUAGAUCGUCAUUUUGACCUGCAUUGUUCAGAUCUCUCUGAAUUUGGGUUUCAUUUUUUUUUUUUUUUUUUUGGAUCUGUUGGCUGAUGUUUCGAAGUUUUGGCUUCGUUUUAUCAAUUGGGUGUUUGCGAGAGAUGAUGAAUGUGUGAGAUGAUGAUGAUCUGAUUGAAUUCGUUUGUUAUUUUCGGUUCGCAUUGGUAUUUGUUUGUUGGGUUUUUCGCCAUUCACAUUGAUUAAUCGGAUUCUGAGAAUUUCGGGAGGUGGGAGCUUAAGAUCUUGAAAAAAUUGUUAAGAUUUUAGCUAUUGUAAUGUGCCUUAGUCUCUGAGGAGGACAAGAAUCGGUGUAUUUUGUUUCUUGGAGGUUUGAAUUUUGAAGAUGGAUUCCUUAUCUUCAAUCAGCGAGGAACUUGCAGACAUCGAGGGGCAAAUCAAUGAUAUCUUCCGAGCUCUGUCAAAUGGAUUUCAGAAGUUGGAGAAGAUUAAGGAUUCAAAUAGGCGGAGUAGACAAUUGGAAGAGUUGACGGAUAAGAUGCGAGAAUGUAAGAGGCUUAUUAAAGAGUUUGACAGAGAAGUCAAGGAUUUAGAAGGCAGGAAUAAUUCUAACACUAAUAAAAUGCUGAGUGAGAAAAAACAGUCUAUGAUCAAAGAGUUGAACUCAUAUGUUGCCCUUAAAAAGCAACAUGCAAGCACUCUCGACAACAAGCGUAUCGAUCUCUUUGAUGGACCUGGUGAAAGUUAUGGGGAAGAAAAUGUGUUGCUAGCUUCAAAUAUGACAAAUCAACAAUUGAUUGAUAAAGGAAACAGGAUGAUGGAUGAGACCGAUGAAGCAAUUGAGAGGUCAAAAAAGGUAGUUCAAGAGACAGUGAACGUGGGAACAGAGACAGCAGCAGCUCUGAAGGCACAGACAGAGCAAAUGAGCAGAAUAGUGAACGAGCUCGACUCCAUACAUUUCUCACUGAAGAAAGCCUCAAAACUUGUGAAGGAAUUAGGGAGACAAGUUGCAACUGAUAAGUGUAUAAUGGCCUUACUCUUCAUCAUUGUCCUUGGUGUCAUUGCCAUUAUCAUUGUCAAGCUGGUGAAUCCAGAUAACAAGGACAUUCGGGACAUCCCGGGGCUGGCACCGCCCGUUCAGAGUCGAAAACUGCUUUGGAAUUCCGAUUUGUGAGAUAAUAAGCUCUGAUGGGCUGAAUGAAGGAAAGGGAAGGGGUUUGUUGACUUCAUUCAAACAUAAUAUAGGCAAAAGGAGGGGGGACAGCUUAGCCAGGUUCUUUCAUAUACCUAUCCAAAUUCAAAAUUCUUACUCUUUACUUUAAUAUAGCUACAAAUUAUAUUCACUCUUAUUAAUUGGUACAAAUUAUAUUCA